UAACACCCUCAACUUCCCACACCCUUCCGAUCCACCCUCGCAUCACUCUUCCAGCCUCCCCUCCCCCCAACUCCGGCGAUGGCCGGCCGCCUCCCCGGCGCCGCCUCCGCCGCCGCGGCGCCCCUCCCCCGAGCGCUCCUGCUACUCGCCGCCCUCGCCCUAUUCUCCCUCACCUUCCUCUCCCUCCGCUCGCUCCGCCCCGCCGCGGCCCCACCCUCCCUCGCCAUCGGCGGCUCCCGCCCUUCCUCCUUCGCGCGGCCGUCGGUGUACCACUCCGCCGAGGCCUUCGCGGCGGGGUACGCGGAGAUGGAGCGGAGCUUCAAGGUGUACAUGUACCCGGACGGCGACCCCAAGACGUUCUACCAGACGCCGCGGAAGCUCACGGGGAAGUACGCCAGCGAGGGCUACUUCUUCCAGAACAUCCGCGAGAGCCGCUUCCGCACCGGCGACCCCGACAAGGCGCACCUCUUCUUCGUCCCCAUCUCCCCCCACAAGAUGCGCGGCAAGGGUACUUCAUAUGAGAACAUGACAAUAAUAGUUAAGGAUUAUGUGGAAGGCUUGAUAAACAAGUAUCCUUACUGGAACAGGACACUUGGAGCGGACCAUUUCUUUGUCACCUGCCAUGAUGUAGGUGUUAGGGCUUUUGAAGGACUUCCAUUCAUGGUGAAGAAUUCUAUUAGAGUUGUCUGUUCUCCAAGCUAUAAUGUUGACUUUAUACCGCAUAAGGAUAUCGCUCUUCCUCAAGUAUUGCAGCCAUUUGCUCUGCCUGAAGGAGGAAAUGAUGUUGAGAACAGGACAAUCCUUGGAUUUUGGGCUGGCCAUCGCAAUUCUAAAAUAAGAGUCAUUUUGGCACAAGUCUGGGAGAAUGAUACAGAGCUUGCUAUCAGUAACAAUCGGAUCAGUAGAGCUAUUGGAGAGCUGGUUUACCAGAAGCAGUUCUACCACACAAAGUUCUGUAUUUGUCCUGGUGGCUCUCAAGUUAAUAGUGCCCGUAUAUCUGAUUCAAUACACUACGGUUGUGUUCCUGUUAUUUUGUCAGACUACUACGAUUUGCCUUUCAAUGAUAUCCUAGACUGGAGAAAAUUUGCUGUUGUACUUAAGGAGCGUGAUGUAUAUCAACUAAAAAGUAUACUUAAAUCUAUAUCACAGGAAGAGUUUGUUGAAUUGCACAAAUCUCUUGUUCAGGUACAGAAACACUUUGUGUGGCAUUCACCUCCUCUUCCUUACGACGCGUUCCACAUGGUUAUGUAUGAACUAUGGUUGCGACAUCAUGUGAUCAAGUACUAAAUUCAACCAUCCAAGUCUGGGCAGAUACAAACAUGAAAGCCUUAUCCGUAUGAAUAUGAUGCGGAGUCUGACAACUAUCCGGUGCUCUACUGAACAUGCAUUCAUUCUUAUGCUCAUAUAUCAGCAACUGGAUGGAUCAUUGUGCGUAGGUGUCAUCUUGAGCAUCUGCAUCAGAGAAGUUGGCGACCAUCGACCAUAAAUCAUCAAAAUGGAGUUGCUAGGUAAUAGACUGAUUAGUUCAUUCUUUCAAGAAUAGUUUUGUUUUUCCGCCAUAUUGCACUCUUUGUAAGCUGCGUUUUCUAGUUUGCCUGUGAUACGGUAUCCUUUACGGAUCUGCCCAUUUCUUACUCAUGUAAAGUAAUGUACGAUGUUACUAACAAGACAGAGAACUGAACCAAGUAGGAGUAGAAUAUUGUUGUGAUCAGCAAACUUUCAGGGGUUAAUUUCACCAUGCACCAUGCGAUCUAUGGACUUCUAUUUUCCCCGGCA